AUGGCCACUCCCCGAUGGCUUCAGCUCACCAACCCGCGUUACUUAUCCGAUGAUGAACUGGAAAACAUCAGUUCUGCAGCCUCCCUGCUUGUGACUUUAUCCCCUGUCGACAUUACUGGAAUCCCGGCACAUGUCACCUAUUGCCAGGUCAUUGGGGUGCUGCACCGCAUCCGGUUGCUCUGUAACUAUUUCACUUAUGCCCUCGAGUGGCUGGACAUUGUCGAAGAUCGCGUUGAGAUCGAUUGGAGUGUCGCUGAUCGUCCCUAUGAACGUGCCGAAUGGAACAAUGCUGUCCUCGCGCAAGCGACCGCCAUGACGCACCCUCACGUGUACAGAGAGCGUGGACCCCCUCGGGCGGGGCAGUUGAGCCGCGAAUGGAGGCGCCACCUUCGACACAAUUUGUCUGACUUCAUGCGCAUCAACCUUGGCUACUUUGCCCAUACUACGACUACUAUUCACGUUGUCCAGGUCUUCGAAAGGCGUGCUUGGGGCAUACGCUUCUUAGUUGAAGGGAUCAUCAAUGGGGAACAGCGAUCAAACAUCACAGUAAAUGCUCUGGAACACUUGUCGCUGGACCUCUCGACUGCUGUGCCGGCAAUCCGGCGUGCACGCUCUAUGCGUGAGUUAGGCUCGGAUUACUACUAA